GUGCCAACCCUCCCGCACGGGCCCAGCCAUUGGCACUCUUCCUCUCGCUCCUCCUCCUCCUCCUCCUCCUCCUCCUCCACCACCUCCUCCGUUGGGGGGAGCACCUCACCUGCCGUGGAGCCUCAGGUGAACCCCAGGGGAACCAUCACGGCACCGCUGGUUUUGCCCUGGAGGUGUGGAGGGGUUCAGGUUUUACUUUUGAGGAACCUGAUGACAGGGUAACCUGAGAGCCUAGGUGACUGCAAGGUGUUACUGUACUUCUCCCCCGACACGUGUGCGCCACCAAGGUGUACAUCUUUUGUGCCUCAGUGAAAAUUAUCGCGAGCAAAUGCCCUAAAUGGAAAUUCGUGAUUAGCUUGCAUUCUUGUGCACCUGUUUAUCACUGGCCAGUGAACCCCUGUAUGUCAGAAAGUGAAUGUAAACACGGCCCCAAGCUGUAGUGAAAGCCGUAGUCGUCUUGAGUGGACGACUUUAAUGCUGUGCUGUUAGACGAAUGUGUCCUCUUGAACAUAUAGGUGAGGGCACUGCGGUGUGCGCAGUGUCUUGAGAUGACAGUGCACGCAGUGUCUUGAGAUUAUCACAGUGACGUUCCGAGGAAGCUAGGUGACGAGUGCGUGCGUGUGCGUGUGCGUGUGUGUCCACAGAUCAAGAAAAAAAGUAAAACGACGGUUUAUAUAACUCAUAUAAUGUUACUGUAUCGGCUGUAAGUUUUUUAAACAUAAUAAGUACCACAUUAUUAAACUCAAAUUUAUGCCUAAGUGCUGUAAAAAUGUCUAUUGUAUUCGGUACUAAAUAUUAUAUUAACACGAAAAAACAUUAAAACUACUAUAAUUGCAAACUCCGAAAACAAAAACGCCUGACGUAUGAUUAUUAUAAUAUUGCCUGCGUCAUAUAUUUGUAAAUAUCUAGACCCGUUUACAGAUACUUAGCAGUAAGCGGAUGUAACUUAUACGACCGUUUACAAUGCCCCUUUACACGUGCCUAUCGAACAGUGCCCUAUGAUUGUCUUUCUUGAAUACCAAAUGGAUUAAGAAGAAAAACGUUUUUCAUUAAAAUCUAAAUAAAGUGUUUAACUCAACCUGUGAUUCAUCUGUGAUAGAUAUAUGUUCUGCCGGCUUCAUAGAGUCGCCAAUACAACACUGAUGACAAUCUCUCACUCUCUCAGGGCCACCGAAGAGCUUCUCAUGUAUGUUUAUGUAAGUAACCCUGAGAACAUGCUUCACCGUCUACAUAAGAAGACAAACUAGAUCACUACAGCACUGACCUCAGCAGCAGAUGAGUUGUGAAGCGUGUUAAUCAAUCAUAUAAAUCUCUCUGGAGAAACUUAAUUAACUUUUAACAAUAUAACACGUACAAGAACACUGCCGCACAUUUAAUAACAAAAUUACUGGAGUUUCGAUAUAGUUUUUAGAAGAAACUCAUAGAUGGUGAGGCAACAACGCUCUGGGAGUAAGUCUGUAUAAGGGACCAUUGUAGGCAUCACCACUGUUCAAUUGUUCUUCAUGGUUCACAUUAGUUCAAACCCUAUAUUACAGAACCUUGAAUUACUAAAUAUUUUAAAGAAAUUCUCGAGUGAAAUGACUAGAGCGAAGUGGACGAGAUCUGGCCAGUAAUAUAUCACUGGCUAUAUCUGAGGGAUAUUGACACAUAGUCCCGAAAUAAAAAUAUAAUAACCUCUGACUCAAUUCUCUCACAGCAUUCAGAGAAAAACAGGUCAGACGUAAAUCGUAUCGACUCAGAAAUGUCAAGAAAUUUGCUCUCGAGGUACUGAAGACGAUUUCUUGGAAAACUUGUUCUCCUGUGCCUUUCCUAUCCGCAUCUCGCAAGUUCCAAACCUAUUGUUCUAUGCCUCGCGAGUUGCUGAGUGUCUUCUCUGAAAAAUAAGGCUGAAAUCUAGAGAACACAUGGAAGUGCUUGUCUACAACACGAAGUCUUUCUUGUUCCUGUGAAGAAAUGUCCAAUGGGAAAACUCACUCUAUUUCUUUAAUAUUUAAUAUAAUAAACUAAAAUAUAUCAUAACUCAACGAAAAGAAAAGAAUCUGAAUUAGUAGCUGUGAAUUUCUCCAUCAGUCUAAGAAGCUUGUCCUGUUUUUGAGAAGACUUGUAAUAAACACAUACACACGACCACCGCACUCGUUACUUGCUCAUGACCGCUUUUCGUACGUAAAAUAUUUAGUCAGUCAUCCUCCUCCGUUGACACCAGAGUACACUACUCUAGCGCCAUCCCAUUCAAACGGGCGGUCGUGUUGAUCAAGUCAGUCAUCUUUCUUAACAUCAGACUAAUAAUCGUAGUUUGAAGCUUACGGAAAAAGACCAGAAGAAAAAGCAUUAAAGAGCAUGUUUUGAAGAGACGUCAUGUCGUCAAGGGACUUCAGGAACAACAAAACCGAAAGCUCUUCCAAGUCUUGAAGAACAAAGACCUAUAGAGUUUUCAUGAAUACAAACGACUAAAGGGUCUUCUAGUUUCAAGACAAAAUCUGAGAAGUUGUAGGGCUCUGCAGGAUUCAGAAACAUCUACAAAGUCUCUAAUCUCACUCAGGGUAUAGAAUACCUUAACAAGUUGUUAAGGCUCUAAUUAACCUAUUAACUAUAGGGCUGUAACACUUACCUUUAAGGUUACGAGCCCUUGGGGCUCUAGAAGGCCAGUUAGAUGCACAAAAAAUAUCUAGAAAAAGCUGAAAGUUGAUUGGGGUGUUCGUCUCUGCCGAAUCACUCUGCCAGCCGCUGACACGCGCACGCAACUCCCUCUGCCAGCCGCUGACACGCGCACGCAACUCCUGAGAUUCUGGUCACCGAGGUUCAAUUUCUUUCGAAGAUUGUCAAAAACGGGCCCCUUGCAUGGAGUACCACACGACAAGGAAGUCUUCCUCCUGCUACGAGCUACACGUCAUGUUUCCUAACCCGGAGGGGCCUGGAUGCUGUGCGAUAAUCCUCACUAUUGUCUCGUAUCUCCUCAUCGUUGCUACCUUCCCAUUCUCACUAUGCAUGUGUAUCAAGGUGGUUCAGGAGUACGAACGAGCGGUCAUCUUCCGACUCGGUCGACUCCUCAAAGGCGGAGCCAAGGGUCCCGGCAUCUUCUUCGUCGUUCCUUGCAUCGAUUCCUACAGGAAGGUCGAUCUCCGAACCGUCUCCUUCGACGUCCCGCCACAAGAGAUACUGUCUCGCGACUCUGUGACCGUGUCGGUGGAUGCCGUUGUUUACUACCGUGUGUCGGACCCAAUUAUGGCAGAAACUAACGUAGAGGAUUACAGUCACUCUACCCGCCUGCUGGCCGCCACUACCCUGCGAAAUGUGUUGGGAACGAAGAACUUGGCGGAGAUCCUCAGCGAACGAGAAAGCAUCUCUCACAACAUGCAGAGCUCCUUAGACGAAGCCACCGACCCCUGGGGCGUCAAAGUCGAACGAGUGGAGAUCAAGGAUGUCCGUUUGCCAGUUCAGCUGCAACGUGCCAUGGCAGCAGAAGCUGAGGCUGCGCGAGAAGCUCGAGCCAAGGUGAUUGCUGCUGAAGGUGAACAGCGUGCCUCCAGAGCUCUCAAAGAAGCUGCGGAGGUCAUCUCUGAGUCUCCAGCAGCACUCCAGCUCCGUUACUUGCAAACCCUCAGCACCAUCUCUGCAGAAAAGAACUCUACCAUCAUCUUCCCAGUCCCCAUUGAUAUUAUCCAUAACUACAUGAUCAACACGAAAUAGUUACCUAAUACUAGAUAAUACAAGUAUUGUAGUUAUGUGAAUUACAAUAGAUAAAAUUGACUUAGACUUCUGAGGACACUGACACUAACCAAUUUUUAACCAAGUCUUAAUUAAAGUACCAAUGACCAAAUAAUAUAAAGAAUUUUUUUUUUAUUCAGUAACUUUAAAAAUUUUCAGCCAUGAUAAAAAUGGGGUAAUUUUGCUUAAUCCUUAAACAGACAAUAAGACUACAUAUAAAAUAUUUUAAUACUGUUAUAAUAAUUACAAUCUUAAGCAUAUAUUAUAAUAUGUAUGAAAAAUGUUUGAAUGAUUAUCUAUACAGUUUCUUCUUUUAAUUGACCUUCUUUGGAAUUUUUAUUUGAUGAAGAAAAUUCAUUACAUUUUCACUACAGUAACUUUUUUAGAGGCCAAAUGGAUAUUUCUUUCACAGAAAGUCAAGAAAAAGUUUGAUUAUAAAUAGAGAAUUUGUAAUUUUCAAACAUAUGUAAAACCUCGAUAAAACUUUUUUUUUUGUAUAAUUGAAUGCAGUUAUACAAAAAAACAAAAUUGUAAUACUUCAAACAUUUCUCAAAAGAAUAUUUAAAACUAGUGAUAGAUAUAUUUUCUUUGUAAUUGGCUAAAACAAAAUAUGAUCCCAGUCUUCAAGAAAAUUUACUCAUGACUAAAAUUUCUCUGCCCCAUGAUUUCCACAAACAGACAUUUGAGGACGAAAUGGACUGUUUAACUUAGAAAAUAUAUAAUUACUGGUUUCACCUAUGAGAGUUCUUUGUUCUGGAACAAUGCUUGAGCCUUGGACGGUAAGAUAUGAGACAGCCAAUCAUUAUAGAGUUCUCAAGAUUAUAAUUACCUUCCCUCAUGCAGUGUAUCAGAAUAGCAAGAUAUUGGAGGGAGGAGAGGCUGGAGAAAGGUUAAUAUAGAAAUAAUGUUAAUUCUUAGCGUGAGGAAGCUUGGAAGAUUUAGAUUGUUAUUGGAAUUUCAAAGAACCAAAUUGAUUUUCCAAAGUGAUUCAUGACCUUUUUAGAAAGUAAGAAAAGGUUUCAUAUUUUAUUCUUUCAUAUAAGAAAGAUACUACAGUUUGUAUUUCCUUAAAAUGUAGAAAUAAAUCCCCAAUCCUGUGUAAAUUUUUCAUGAAAUUGGCCCUCCAUUUUAGAAAAUCUUCAUAUGCCAAUUAGAUUGAAAAGUUAUAUAUAUCUACAAUUACAGAUAUAUUCUUAAUUAUUUAAGUAGUUAAUGAAUUAAUUAUGCAUGUUGAUUUCAGUUUAAUAUUUCUUCAGAUUACAUGCAAAUCAUUUAUAUUUAGCCUUAGUAGAAUAGGUUUAUUUCAGUAUGUUGGCAGUGUUGGUUUUUCUUUUUUUUCUGAUUGAUAGCUCUGGCUGCUCACAUUAAGCCAUAUGGUUCCUUUUCAGAUCUAUAUAAAUAACCCGAGGAGAAAAUGUUUAUCACGAAAGGAAUAAACACUGAGAAGACAGAGCAAGUCAUGAAAGGCUCACUUUUCUUAUGACCUGCACUUAUAUGUUUAAGGAACAUUCUUGCUGUGCCAAGUGGCACAACAAAAUUGCUAAGAAGUUUUAUGCAUGAUGUUUAUAUUGUAAUUUAUGUCUCUCCUAAUGCUUAAAUAAUGCUCCUUCCCUUUAUUUUGGACAUACAGUUAUGAGCAUUAUUUGAAUACAUGAGAGGCUGCUAUUUUAUCUUAUUAAAUAUAAUUGGAUGCAAGCCAGUGAUUUGUCAAUUGCUUAUUAGGAUAAGUUGAAAUAUAAAGCUAUAUUACCUAUAUUUGCAUUUUCAGUACUGUAAAACCUAAUUUGAUUGAAUGGAAAAAAUAGUAUGAUUUCGGGAUGUUUCAAGAUGUUGAUCUGUCGUUAUAGACUAUUUCAUAUCUGCCACUUUUCUAAUCUAUUACACUGGUGAAAGUUGGGACUUUUUCGGCAGUUUGUACUCUGCCACUCUUUUAGUGAAUAUAAUUUUAUAAUGUACUCGGGAAAUUUGAAAUUUACACAUGAUUUCUUUAAUUUUAAGGCAUUGGAAACCACCUUCUUUUCAAUUUUAACCAAUAGGAUAUAUUUUACAGAGCUAGAUUUACAAGAAAAUAUUGAAGUUUAGAAGUUAUCUUGUUCCAUAUUUUGUCUUCGUGAUCUUAGAGAGUAAAAUACACAAACUGAAUUAAAUAUUGUCUUUUAGAGUAGAUUUACAUCCUUAAAUUUCUCCAAACAGAAUUAAAUUUUCCAUUUCUUGUGUGCUACUUGGAGAUAAAACAACGUAUUUUACUCUGUAAAUGAAGUUUGAAAGAACAUAUCUUCAUAACUGUAUAUAGUAUAUUUGUAAUUGCAACAAUGCAUCUCCCAAAAAUGUUUGAUCAAAAGCUCUCAUCAGCAAUGGUUCUCUUUCUGACUACAUUGGCUUCUGUUUGUCAUCGUAAACGUGUUUAAAUACAAUAAUACUUACAAUCUACACCACUGUAUUACCGAUUUGCGGUUAUAUGAGAAUCAUUAGAGUUCUUGUAAUAAGAUUCUAAUUUUAGCCUAGAUGUCCAAUUGUCAUGGAUCAUUUUAAAUCUGAAAAAAAUGACACAUUUCAAUUAAAAUCUGUCUAGAGCUGAAAUUAUGAAAUAGUUGUUUAUAACAUUUACGCCCAAAGUGUAGACAAACACCAAUGAGUAUUCUUUAUGUAGACUAUACUAACUUCAGAAAAACCACAAUAUAAAUCUAGCGCAAAAGAUACAUUGAAAAAAUUUACACAUAAUCUACCUAUAAAUGCACAGGAAUGGUUUUUCUGGGGUAACAUGCCUAUUUGUAUGUUACCAUCCAUUAAUGUUAAAUCAUGUUUCUUUUAUACAGAAUAAGAAUAAAUUUUACUUCAUCAA